AUGAGCUCCCUAAGAUGCAUAGCAAAACACCCAGCAAUAGCACUAGUAGACUCCUCCACCACUCUCAAAGAGCUCAAGCAAAUCCACGCCCAGCUCCUCAUCCACGGCGUCCUCCCUCACCUCUCCGGCAACUUCGUCACCGCCAUUGCCUUCCGUAACCCCAACAAUCUGGAAUAUUCCAACCAAGUCCUACACCAAUGUGACAACCCACCUAUCUCUGCCCUCAACUCCAUGAUCAGAGCCUACUCCAAAACCUCCGCACCCACUAAAAGCUUCCACUUUUACAACCAAAUCCUACACUCUCGCCCUAAUCUUCUCCCUGAUAACUACACAUUCAACUUCUUGGUCGGCACUUCUGCGCAGGCUGCUUCGUUUGAGACCGGCGCAUCUGCCCACGCCGCAUUACUGAAGCACGGCUUCGAGAACGACCCUCAUGUUUUAACUGCUUUGAUUUCCAUGUAUGGCGAGCUGGGUUGCUUGGAGGAGAGCCAUAGAGUCUUUCAGGGCAUUUCGGAGCCUGACGUGGUUGCCCGGACAGCCAUGCUGACCGCCGGAGCGAAAUGCGGUGAUGUGGAUCAUGCACGGAAGGUGUUCGAUGAAAUGCCCGAGAGAGACCCGUGUACGUGGAACGCGAUGAUUGCCGGGUAUGCGCAGUGUGGGAAGCCUGAGGAGGCUUUGGACAUGUUCCAUUUGAUGCAAAUGGAGGGUGUGAGGGUGAAUACGGUGUGUAUGGUUUCGGUGUUGUCGGCGUGUUCUCACUUGGGGGUGCUGGAUCAUGGGAGAUGGGCGCAUGCGUAUAUUGAGAGGAGUAAGGUGAGGAUGGAUGUGACGUUGGGGACUGCAUUGCUCGACAUGUACGCGAAAUGUGGGGACAUGAGUAAGGCCAUGGAAGUGUUUUGGGGGAUGAAGGAGAAGAAUGUGUAUACUUGGAGUUGUGCGUUGGGGGGACUAGCUAUGAAUGGCUAUGGUGAGAAGUGUCUUGAGCUUUUUACUCUCAUGGAGAAGGAAGGCGUUCGGCCGAAUGAAAUUACCUUUGUUUCGGUUCUUAGGGGCUGUACUGUGGUUGGACUAGUGGAGGAAGGUCAGCGACAUUUUGAUUCUAUGAGAAAGUUGUAUGGGAUUGAACCUCAGCUAGAGCACUAUGGCUGCAUUGUUGAUUUAUAUGGUCGAGCUGGGCGUUUAGAUGAAGCCCUGAACUUCAUAAACAACAUGCCAAUGAAGCCUCAUUCGGGUGCUUGGAUGGCUUUGCUCCACGCCAGUAAAUUGCACCGGAAUCUGGAACUAGGUGAGCUUGCGUCGAGGAAGGUACUUGAACUCGAUGACAGGGAUCACUGUGCCUAUGUGCUUUUGUCUAACAUAUAUGCGGAUUCCAAGUAUUAUGAUGGAGUUGAUAAUGUGCGGGAAAUGAUGAAGGCUAAAGGUGUGCAGAAGAAGGUUCCUGGUUGUAGUGUCAUAGAAGUUAAUGGGGAAGUUUAUGAAUUUUUUGCAGGGGGCAACAAGUCUCACCCGAGGUAUAAUGAAAUCAUAACGAAGCUGGAAGAAAUCUCCCAACGGCUGAAAUCAGCAGGUUAUGUAGCUAAUACAAACCCUGUGCUGUUUGAUAUGGAGGAAGAAGACAAAGAGGAUGCAUUGGCUACACACAGUGAGAAGUUUGCCAUUGCUUUUGGUUUAAUCACUUUGAGAGAAGGGGUUCCCAUUAGGGUUGUGAACAACCUCAGAAUCUGUUUGAAUUGUCAUGAUGUAACAAAGAUGAUCUCCAAUAUUUUCAACAGGGAAAUUAUAGUAAGAGAUAGGAAUAGAUUUCACCAUUUUCAAAAAGGUAAGUGCUCUUGCAAUGAUUAUUGGUGAAAACGGAAAAAUGGGAAUAAAGCUGG